AUGUACGCCCUCUACCACAAUCGCCAACCCUUCCUUACGCGCCUGCGCGCCUUCGCCCGCGCCUUCGCCCGCGCCGCGCACGCCGUCAACCUCCUCUCCCUCGUCCUGUCCCAGACCUCCUCUGACGUCCAGCAGUAUCUCCAGCCCACCUCCGCCCGCCGCCGAUCCUCCUCCUCCGCCACUUCUCAAGCCCAGGUCCCACGCUCGCUCCGCCGCCUGCUCAAGCUCGCCUCGUCCCCGGACUCGCUCGCCGUGCUCCACCGUCUUGCGGGCGGCGUCGCCCAAGGCGUCACGCGCGAGCUACAAAAGCCACGCAACCCUGCCAACUCCUUCGCCUCCGAGUACGUGCCGGACACUCACUCCCCCCAGUACCUCCACGACCUGAUGGAAGCCCUCGCUGCCCCCGCGGGGCAAGCAGUCGUGCGCAACGUCGUCAGCACCGCCGUACGAGAAGGCGUAGACGCCUUGGCAGACGCCAACGACCGACGCAGAGACCCGUGCCACCGCCCCUGGCCUGAGGUCGUCGUCGCGGGACUCACCUCGGACAAGGGGCGCCAGCUAGUCGUCGAUGUCGCCACCAAUGUUGCCCGCACCGUCGUCCCGGCCGUCAUGCAGGCCCAGGCCGCUGCGCCGUGCGAAAUCCCAUCCAUGACCACGCUCUCGCCUGCGGCGUCUCCGUUGCGCAAGAAGAGGCCGCCCAGUUGCAGUCCGGCCGCACGCACUUCGUUCCCGCUCGCCGGGGAAAGCCCGAUCAGCAAGCAGCUCGUCAUGUCCGUCAUGCAGGCCCAGGGUGGCAGCGGAAUUGUCGAGCGCCUCGCGUUGCUCGCGAUCAGGGACAAGGCUCUGGUGCGCGAAGUCGUCCGCACCGUCGUCAGCGAGGCCGUCCGUACCUACCUCACCACGCAAGCCAAAUUGAGAGAGGAGGGCGUCGCCGUUGAUGCGGCUCGCGCAGCUGCCGCCUCCGCGGUUUCUGUCGCCGCUCCCAACGCGGGAAAGGAUGCGCGCAAGCCUGAGCCGCCCACCCCAGAGACUGAGGACGCGCUGGAGCAGCGCGCGGGCAACUCCCUGUGGAAGCUGCUCAUCAAGUCAGCCGUCGUCGAUCUCAAGCAGGCCUUGCUCGACCGCGCGCCGCGAGAGGGGAGCGCGGGCUGGUUGAUCUUUUAGGCGUGUGUGCCCAGCCCGACUAGGUUUUUGUCACUGGUCACACCUACGAAGCAAUAGCAAUUCUUUCCGCAAACGCGAAGGCAUGCACAUGCCACCGCUGUAAACUAGACUAGCGAAUAGACUAAUCGCUUAUCAUUUA